AUGCAAACGACCCCUGAAACGAUGGUUUCCUCCCUUCCUCCCGUACGGGGCAUUGACCCAAGUCGUAUUAGCCUGCACAUCAGACAGCAACCUAGAGCAGUCCGAGCAGGCCCAGAUGGGAAAGAUAGAAGGGCCAUCGAUCCACCACCUAUUCUCCAGCUCUUGAUCGCUGACUUCGAUCCCGAUUGUCCGGAGGAUGUGGCAGAGACCCAAUCUCCGUUCUGGGUCGUGCAUUGCAAGCUGGUGGGAGGCUACUCCCCCGGGACCGACGUGAGUACGCAGUCUCGCUACAACGAAAGUGGCAGGCGAGAAGUGCAGCGACUAUUGUUGGGGACGACCGUGGCAGGCCCGCACCAUACUCAGACUGAUCCAGACCCCCCAACGAUGCCAGCGCACCCGGUUACGAGACCGCCCAGUCCGACUGCCAGGUUUCUGCAGGGCUCUACAGCUAGUAAGAGACUGCCACACGAGAUUCCAGGUACAUUCUUCAUAUUCGCCGAUAUAUCCCUCCGCAAGGCUGGAGAAUACCGGCUGCUAUUCACGCUGAUGAAGAUGGGAAGUGACGCGCUGAAGCCCGGAUCUCGUCUCCCCUUCAUUGACGUGGUUGUAAGCGACAUGUUCCGAGCUGUUAACGCAAAGGAUUUUGACCAGGUGCAUCCUAGCACCCCUCUCGUGAGAGGUCUUCUUUCUUCAGGCGCAGGGUUCCCAUUGAAGCUGAAGAAAGGCACGAGAGAGGGCCGGAGGAGACGACAAUCGCAAGGAGGAUCUGGAGGAUCCGAAGAUGAUGAAUCAGGAGAUCAUGAUACAGUUUACUACUGA